CAUCUUCUCAAACUACAAAACACUUCCUGGUUUAGAGCCAAUAGCAUUACAGGCAGAAGGUUACACGUGGUGCUACUUUUGAUCUUUGUUAUUCAAUCUGUUUGACCUGAACACUGGAUCACAGCAGCAGUGAAAGGUGCACUAUGGGACGCCUUAACGGGAAAGUAAUUGUGUUGUCGGCUGCUGCGCAGGGGAUUGGACGUGCUGCAGCAAUAGCAUUUGCAAAGGAGGGAGCCCAAGUCACAGCGACAGACAUCAAUGGAGAGAAGCUGAAAGAGCUGGACAGCAUUCCAGGGAUUAAGACCAAGGUUGUGGAUGUCACUAAGAAGGACCAAGUUGAAGCCCUGGCCAAGGAACAUGAUCAUGUGGAUGUGCUGUUCAAUGUCGCUGGGUUUGUGCACCAUGGCUCCAUCUUGGACUGCGACGAGGCUGACUGGGAUUUCACAAUGAACGUGAACAUCCGCAGCAUGUUCCUCAUGAGCAAAGCCUUUCUACCUAAGAUGUUGGCAAAGAAGUCAGGAAACAUUAUUAACAUGGCAUCUGUUGCAUCAAGCAUAAAAGGUGUUGUGAACCGGUGUGCCUAUAGUACUUCCAAGGCUGCUGUGAUCGGGUUUACCAAAUCCAUAGCGGCUGAUUUCAUUGAGCAAGGCAUUCGCUGUAACUGUGUUUGUCCUGGAACUGUUGAUACUCCAUCAUUGAGGGGUAGAAUCCAGGCCCAACCUGACCCAGAACAGGCUUACAAGGAUUUCAUGGCAAGACAGAAAACUGGCAGAAUGUGCACAGCUGAAGAGGUGGCGCACCUGUGCGUAUACCUGGCCUCAGAUGAGUCUGCCUAUGUGACUGGAACGGAGCAAAUCAUCGAUGGAGGAUGGAGACUCUAAGAAAACUGUUGCAAGAACAUUGUGCAAUAGUGGAGAAAUAAUAUUCUUAUUUGAAGCCCAAAUUAAAAAGGCACUAAAUCUGACUCAAAUCAUUUCUAUGAUUUUGCUUUUUUAAAUUUAAAAAAAUAA